CGAGAGGCCAUUGGACACUAGAAGUAAUUUUGAAAACCCUAUCUAUAUAAACCCUAGUUUCCUCUUCCCCUCUCCCAGCAAACCCUAGAACGGCUCCUCCGCUUUUCCCCAUCGACAGGGUUUAGAAGUGUUUGAGGCAGCAACCAAUGGCUCCAAAAGUUGAGAAGAAGGCAGAUCCAAAGGCGCAGGCCUUGAAGGCUGCAAAAGCAGUGAAAUCUGGAGCAACUUUUAAGAAGAAGGCCAAGAAGAUCCGAACAAAGGUUACAUUCCACAGGCCAAAGACCUUGAAGAAGGAUAGGAACCCUAAGUAUCCACGCAUUAGUGCUCCACCAAGGAACAAGCUUGACCAUUAUCAGAUUCUCAAGUUUCCGCUCACAACUGAGUCAGCGAUGAAGAAGAUUGAAGACAACAACACUUUGGUUUUCAUUGUUGAUAUUCGUGCAGACAAGAAGAAGAUAAAGGAUGCUGUCAAGAAGAUGUAUGAUAUUCAGGCCAAGAAAGUGAACACCUUGAUCAGGCCUGAUGGUACAAAGAAGGCAUACGUUAGGUUGACACCUGAUUACGAUGCCUUGGACGUAGCAAACAAAAUUGGAAUUAUCUAAGAUAGUUGGUGGCUACCUUGUUUUGAGCAUCUAUUUUUUGUUUUGUUGCAAAGAGUAAAGACAGUUCGUUUGAGACUUCGAGCAGGGAGAUUUAAGUUUAGCUGUUAAAGUUGUAAUCUUGUGUUUACUGCCAGUUAAUCUUCCGUGGUUUAACUUAAAACAAAAGGUGAUUUUUGAUUUA